AUGGGGGGGGGUGAAGAAGAAAAAGCAGCGUCAUCUGAGGAGGUAGUGGACCUGACGCUGGACUCGGAUGACGAGGACGCCGCACCGCGUGCUCAAGGCGAGCUGGAGGAAGGCAAUGCGCGUGACGAGAAAGACGAGAGCGCGCAUUCAGAGGAGGCGAGCGAUGAAGAUGAAGAGGAAGACGACGAAGAGGAGGAUUAUGCGGGAAAUGAAGAGGAAGAGGAAGGCGACGACUGCGAAGAGGACGAUCUAGAGGACGAUGACGAGGGAGACUGGCUUGACGACGAAGGCGACACCCAGGAUGAGGACGACCAGGAGGGGUAUCCCGAAGACGAGGCUGAUGAGAGAAGCCACGCAGACGAAGCCAUGACCAAGACUGCAACUGAGUCCGCGGACAAAGAAUACAAGUUCUUCCACGCGGCCCCUACCCGUUGCCUGCGCGAGCGCCAGGAACGCCCACGCGAAGGGCCUUCCGAGAACGAGAUGCGUGACGACGAGGAAGAAGAGAGUGAAGACUGCUUGCAGAGUCAAGAAGAGACCCCUUUUAUCGAAACUGUCUGUGGCACGGGCGCAUGCCUCGUGGGCGGAAAUGCUCUCGUGUCACAGACGGACAGCGAAGAAGAGAGCGAGCGCGCGCGUCCGGGCGAACCCAAAGUCGACGGCGACGCCGGCGACGCAGAGUUUGACCCCGAGAGUCUGCCGCAAGAGCCGUCGCCGAUAAAAGAUCUUGGCGUGAAGGACGAGCAUGCGGGCGGAGCACUUCCGGAACAGAGAAAAAACGAAAGUGGCGCCUCUCCGCUUUCGCGUCUUGAAGAAGCCAACCAGUAUCUCUUGUCGUUCCCGCAAAGACGCCCGUCUUUGUCCUCGCGUAUGGGCGAGCGCCGCCCGUCGCUCGAUCCCAAGUGCUUUGACGUUUCCUAUACGCCAUUAGUCGUGAAUCCAGCACUGGUGCCGGCGGUGUCAGAAGAGCCAGCACGUCUUCCCGAUUCCCACGAUCUCAUGGCGUUUCUGGAUGAGCCGCCGCCGAAGGGGUGGGAUUCCGAGCCCUUGAACAAGGCAAAGUUGAAUGUCGAGAGCACUCCAGAGGACGCGUUCUGGCGGCCCCUGCCCGGCGAAAGACAAGAAGCUGCGCCGAGAUAUCUGGUGAUGACGCCGAAGCCUCGUUCGCGAGACGAAGCCGACGGCCGCCCACCCAAACGAAGACGCAUCGACAUCCCGAGUUCUCAAGCCACGCCAGCGUCUGCAGACACUUCGCCGUCGCGCAGGGAGGAGAAGCCGACCGAGCCCGCAGACACUCGACCCAAAAAACGAGCAAAAUCGACUGAAGCCGAGCCGGAGGCUUCCGCUGAGGCCGACACGCGCGCGGCGAAGCGACACCGCCGAGAUGAUAAAGAAGAGAGACUUCGCGACCGGAUAGACAGGAAACUCCAUGGUGCGUCAAGCAGAAAAGCAUCCGAGUUCGAAUGCAGGCUCACUUGCCUAUCAAGAGGUCAGCUUCUCGACCUCGUGGUUGACUUAACGUCACAGUUUCCCGAAACCAGGCAAAUGGUCGAAGAUGCCGUCCGCCACCGAUCGCUCGAGACCUAA